UCCACACUUCUCGCGAGAGUCAGAUACCGGAAGUGUUCAGACGUCUCAUGUGAUCUCGCUGGAGUAGCUAUGUCAAAAUAAUUGUUGUUUUCACAGGACGGUUCGUUGAAGAACUUCACGCUUUUAGCCAAAAAGGACGUGUACAAGAUGCAGAACGUGAUAAACACGGUGAAAGGCACGGCUCUCGGUGUGGCGGAGUUUCUCACUCCGGUGUUGAAGGAAUCGAAAUUCAAAGAGACUGGAGUCAUCACACCGGAAGAGUUCGUAGCAGCUGGAGAUCACUUGGUUCACCAUUGCCCCACAUGGAAAUGGGCCGCUGGGGAAGAAGUCAAGGUGAAACCAUAUUUGCCACAGGAUAAACAGUUUCUCCUGACACGCAAUGUUCCCUGUUACAAGCGUUGUAAACAGAUGGAGUACUCCGAUGAGCUGGAAGCCAUCAUAGAGGAGGACGAUGGAGAUGGGGGCUGGGUGGACACUUACCACAACUCAGCAGGUGUGUUAGGAGUCACGGAUGCUGUGCGAGAAAUUUCACUGGACAAUAAUAAGGACAAGAAUAUGAAUGCCAAAUCUGCAGCACGUUGUGACGAAGAUGACGAUGAAGAUGACGAUGAAGAUGGAGAAGCGGCAGAUAUGGAAGAGUACGAGGAAAGUGGCUUGUUGGAAACCGAUGAGGCGACCUUGGACACCAGUAAAAUGGUUGAAACCAAAGCCAAAGCAGAUCCUGGGUGUGAAGACGCCAUCCUCCAGACUAGAACAUAUGACCUGUACAUCACAUAUGAUAAAUACUAUCAGACCCCUCGACUCUGGCUGUUUGGAUAUGAUGAAGACAGGCAACCGCUGUCUGUAGAACAGAUGUACGAGGACAUCAGCCAGGACCAUGUGAAGAAGACGGUCACCAUUGAGAAUCACCCCCACCUUCCUCCCCCUGCCAUGUGCUCUGUCCACCCCUGCAGACAUGCUGAAGUGAUGAAAAAGAUCAUUGAGACUGUGGCAGAAGGGGGAGGAGAGCUAGGAGUGCAUAUGUAUCUUCUGAUUUUCCUCAAGUUCGUCCAGGCUGUCAUUCCCACAAUAGAAUAUGACUACACGAGACACUUCACCAUGUAGCUUCGUAGAUCUGCCUCUGCUGAUGCGACAUUGGGAAAGAUCGGCUUUUCUGCCUCUGUGUUGAGAUUCUAUCUGGUCUGGUCUGAUUACAACCAGUUUGUGGAGUGUUUUUGUAUUACUCUGAGACACUUUGCGGUGGCUGCAGGACAUGGGGAAUGUUGGAGGUAUGUGACAAAACUGUCUGUUAAAGGAACAGUCUGACAUUUUUGGGAAACAGACUUGUUAAAAAGAGCAAUAUCAGUUUAAUCUGUGUGCAUCCAGUGCAGAGGAUAAACGUGUUGCUAGCCUAGCUGUGGCGUGAAAAGUGCACCUUUCAAAGCUGUCUUAUUUAAAUGUUGUAUCAUUUUAGGGCUGUGUGGAGUCUGCAUGUUCUCCCCGUGUUGGCGUGGGUUUACUCCGGGUGCUCCGGUUUCCUCCCACAGUCCAAAGACACACAGGUUCAUUGUUGACUCUAAAUUGCCUGUAGGUGUGAAUGUGAGCGUGACUGGUUGUCUGUUUCUAAGUGUGAGAGUCUGGUGACCUGUCCAGGGUGUACUUUUGACAAAGCUGGCUAGUACUUUCCUCCUACUUCCAGUCUUUGUGCUAAGCUAAGCUAAGCCAACCACGUCCUGGACACACAGAAAUGAAACUGAUAUCCAUCUUUUCAUCGGAGUAAGACUGAGUCAAAAUCGUCCCAAAAGUUGGACUGUACCUCUGAUGUUUCUCUACAGGUUUAACGUUGUGACCACAAUGUGGUGAGCUCUCACAAAGUUCUUGUUAAUUAUACAAAACUCACCCCAUUCCACACUGCUUAGCUGCUUGAAAUGUAAGAAAAAUAAAUGAAACCCUGGUCUUUUCAAAGCGUCAGCUGCUUGCGUUAUUAGAAAAUGAGACAGGUUACAGCAGAACAAGCUGGUUUUAUCAGAGCUUUUUCACUGAAAACAGCUGCCUGCCACUGCUGGAAACCAGGUUGAUGAGAAAGGUGAACAAGUUGUGGGCCAUAAAAUCAAAACCAUUAGCAUGCCCUUCACUGCCUCUAGUCAUCUGUUUAUGUACAUCCUUUAAUUGUACAACUACAAAUAAUAUUCAAAAGAUGUUGGCUAUUGGUAGGAAAUGUAUGUUUUAUUGCUAAAAUCACUGUCUAAAUGUACCUGACAGCAGCAUUGAUAGAAGCCUCUCUGCAGUGCUUAUUAUUGCUUCCAUUCUGACGCACCUUGCAGAAGGCAACCCCAUUAUUGUAAAUCAGCUCUCUAUGCCAGUUUGUCUUAAUACUUCAUUCUCUGAAUGUGUUGAUGACCAGGUCUUUUCAUUCACCCAUGGUGGUUGGCUCAUACGCUUUUUUUGUGUUUUACUUCUCCCUCCUCUGUAGCUUGUGUCAGGACCUUGAGAUGUGAUGUAACACUACCUAUUGUGUCUAAGAGCUAUGUGAAGGUCGGCGCUAUCUAUUGUGCAGCAAUAUCACAUUAUUGUCACAAGCCUCUCUGUGUACUUCAAUAAACCCUUCCAUGAAUUUCUGGUCUAUUCUGUUGAUAAGAUUUUGAAUUAUAAACUAUAUUUGGCUCAUCGCAGUAACACAUGUCUGACAGUACAACUAAAUAAAGUACCUUCUUCGGUAAUCCUCGCUCUACUUUCCUUGUUUUCCUGAUGAUUGGAUAAAAUAUACACUCUGUACUGCCUGAUGGCCCAGUCUCCUGAUACAUGAAUCAAUAAAGAUUAUCCCAAUUAUUGCAAACUGAA